CAUUGUAAUAAUUAUUAUUUAAUAACUCGGGGGGGUUAUUUUGCGCUUUACAGGGAUAGCUGGGAAGGGGAGAGCAAAGCCAGUUUUAACUAUAUAUACUCCUGGUCUUCGGUUCUGGAGUCAGUCACCUUUUUUUGGUCAUCAUGAAGGUGUUUGUCUGCUUACUCGUUGUGUCUGUCGUGGCAAGCUGCGCUCAAGCCGGCUACAUUAGCAGCGGCGGUGGAGGCGGCGGCUACGGAGGCGGCGGGGGCGGCUGGAAGUCCGGCGGCGGCAGCGGCGGAGGGGGUUGGAUAUCCAGUGGCGGCGGCGGAGGAGGAGGCUGGAAAUCUGGCGGAGGCGGAGGCGGAGGGUAUGGGGGUGGUGGAGGAGGAGGCUAUGGAGGUGGCGGCAGUGGAGGCGGCACCGUGAAAAUCAUUAAAAUUAUCGUACCUAGCGGAGGUGGCGGCGGAGGAGGCGGCAAAUUUGGAGGAGGAGGCGGCGGAGGAUACGGGGGUGGCGGCGGAUACGGGGGCGGCGGUGGCGGAGGAUGGAAAUCCGGCGGAGGAGGCGGCGGCUGGUGGUAA